CCGAGUCUGUGCCAGUGCCAGGGAAGCCCGGGGCGCCAGGGAUCGAUGAACCAAGUUUCUGCCGGGCUUCCAUUUUGGUGCAUUUCUCUUCGCUACUCGGGGUCUUUUUAACUAUUGGUGUUCACAACUGAACAAACCAUGGGGAGGAAACUAGACCUUUCCAGUUUGACAGAUGAUGAAACAGAACAUGUUCUUCAGGUUGUUCAGCGAGAUUUCAAUCUUCGUAAGAAGGAAGAAGAACGACUAAGCGAGAUGAAGCAAAAGCUUGAUGAAGAAGGCAGCAAGUGUAGCAUCCUCUCCAAACACCGACAAUUCACAGAGCAUUGCUGCAUGCGCUGUUGUGCCCCUUUCACCUUUCUCCUCAACACAAAGAGGCAAUGCUGUGACUGCAAGUACAAUAUUUGCAAAAGCUGCAGUUCCUACCAGAAAAAGGAGAGGGUGUGGCUGUGUUGUGUCUGCCAGCAAACCAGACUCCUAAGAACACAGUCCCUAGAAUGGUACUACAAUAACGUGAAAAGCCGCUUCAAACGUUUCGGCAGUGCUAAAGUCCUGAAGAACUUGUAUAAAAAACACAGACUGGAGAGUGGAGCUUGCUUUGACCUAAUAGAAGGAAGCUUUUUGGAGCCGAGCUUGGAGAAUGAAGGAAGCAUCAGUGGCAGUGAUUCUACAUUCUACAGGCAGUCGGAAGGGCACAGCAUGAUGGACAUCCUGGCAGUGGCCUUGCGAGUGGCCGAAGAAGCCGUGGAAGAGGCCAUCUCCAAGGCAGAAGCCUCCGGGGAUAGCCUGGACAAACAGAAUGAAGCCAGUUAUCUACGUGAACACAAGGAGGAGCUGAUUGAAGAGCUGGCCACCACCAUCGUUCAGAAGAUCAUAAGGAAGCAAAAAGACAAAGGGGAACAGACAGAGAAGGACUGUGAUUGGCCACAGCCCAGCAGUAGCACCAGGAAGGUGAGCAGUCAGCAGAUACCAGCUUUUCCAGGGGGCGAACAGGCAUCCUGCACACUCUUGCAGAGGUCCCAGUCGGCGUUCUCCCUCACUGGGGAAGAGGCUCCAAGCAAAGACUCACAGGUCUCGGCACCCCCGGAGACCCCGUGGGCAGAGCAGAGGGUCCAGGCGCAGAAGCCGAGGGAACAAGAGUACGCUGCCUUGCCCAGCUGGAAGAGCAUGGACAGACUGAAUGAGACAAGCGCGGACCCCGCGCUGCAGAGCGCCGACGGGAACUGGGUGGCCCUGAAGCCGUCCCCGCGCCCCCUGCUGGCCAAGCCGAAGAGCCAGGCGCUGCAGGCCCUGGAGAAGGCGUCGCGCGUGGUCUCCGCCUACGAGGAGAUGGGCUCCGACAGCGAGGAGGACUUGGACUGGAGCCUGACCCUGAACAAGCUCCGGCGCAGGCCCGCGAGCCUCUCGGAGACCUCCUGCGGCGCGGACUCCCCGCGCGGCGCCGAGUGGGCGUGCGGGCAGUGCCCCCGGGGCGCCUCGCCCGGGCCCUACGCCGCCCUCGAGGCCAUGUGCUCGGACUCGGAGACGUCCUCGGUGAGCUCCUCGCGGGAGGCGCAGGCGCGGCCCGAGCGCCCCCGGCUGCCGCGGAAGGCCCCCGGCAGCCGCUCCCCGGAGCCCGCGCAGGCCGGGCUGGACGUGAACUUCAACCCGCAGGCCGCCGCCUCCCCGGACUGGGACAGCAGCGAGGCCGAGGACGCUCCGCACGCGGCCGGGCCGCGCUCCCGCAGGUGGAGGCGGGGCAAGCCGGCCUCGGGCGAGCCGGAGGCGGGGAAGGCCCGCUCUCCGACCCGGGACAAGGACUCGGACUCUAACCAGGUUUUCGAUGACUUGUCGGAGACUGAUAUCAGCAGUGAAGAUCACCACCAUAAAAGCAGGACAAACACCACGGAGGAGAAGCUGAAAUCCAGGUUGUUUGAAUUAGCUGCUAAAAUGAGCGAGAAGGAAACGUCGUCAGGUGAGGAACAGGAGUCGGAGGCCAGGACAGAAUCAGACCCGCAGAAAGAAAGUCUGUCCUCCGAAGACAAUGGCCAGUGCAUCCAGGAGGAGCUAAAGAAGGAAAAGAGAGAGGCUUUAGAUGUCUGUUUAAAGCUACAGUUUUUGUCCACAGUGCUACAACAGAAGUACUCGGCUGUGUCCCUCUGCAACAUCUCUACUGAAGUCCUGAAGGUCAUCAACGCCACAGAGGAGUUGAUAGCAGAGUCCUCUGGUCCCUGGGACUUCCCAGCAGAUCCUCCCAAGAGAGAGAAGGGGACGUUUCCUCGGGGGACAGACCACGUGAGACUUGAUGAGCAGCUCACUUCCCUGGAGGAAAAUGUGUAUCUGACUGCAGGCACCGUCUAUGGCUUAGAGGGCCAGCUGAAUGACCUGGAGGAUGCUGCCCGAAGAAUCAGCAGCACCACGGGAGAGUCGGAGCUUGCCGAGCUGGAGGACCAGGUGGCCACGGCGGCGGCCCAGGUGCACCAUGCAGAGCUGCAGAUUUCAGAUAUCGAGAGCAGGAUUGCAGCCCUGACACUGGCAGGCUUAAAUGUGGCUCCAUGUGUCCGUCUGACAAGGAAGCGGGACCAGAAGCAAAUGAACCAGGUACAGACCAUUGACACAUCAAGGCAGCAAAGACGAAAGCUCCCAGCCCCACCAGUGAAAAAUGAGAAGAUAGAGGCUGCUUCGCUCACUUCUGUUAAAACAUUUAACCGGAAUUUCAUAAUCCAAGGGUCUAUGACACAAAGGAUUAAAGAAAGAAAAAGUACUGCCAAGGACUUGAUGGAACCAACUCUAGGAUCCGCCAUAAUGUUUUAGUGGUACAGAACUCUCUACUGCCAAUCACACACUGCCUCCAGCUGUAUACACCAGUGCCUUUCUUGAACAGCCAUUGUAUACAGUAUGUCCCAUAGAAAAUAGGCCCCGGAGGAGCAUCGCUUCCUCUGGGAGCAGGGCUUUCUUUCUGUCUUGGAUACCUCACUGAGAAAGCUGUCCAAGGCUUCAGCAUUCUGGUCUGCUAGUGGGAACAUUGCCUUAUGUUCCCUUGAGACUCCAGGAAAGAUACUAAGAUACUGAGUUUCCAAAGCAAAGCUCUUUGUUUUACAAAUGACACUUUUUUUUCUUGUCAAUCAAUUGUGCUAAAGAAUGUCGUCUUAAGAUAAUAUAUGUGGCUUUUUUUUUUCCUUUUGGUAGCCCUGAUUCCACCAGAUGGCUAUCAAAAUUCCAUCUGGUAAAAGAGGGAACGACCAUAUACUGGCCCCUCAGUGCUCACAAAGACCUCCCUGAUUUAUGCAUGCUAUGGAAAACGGACCUGAGAGUGAAUGCUAGUUUCACUGAUGUUGGGAGUGGAAGGGGAGCAGUUUCAUUCCUAAAAACAAAAGAUAAAAAAAGAAACCUACUGGUGAUCAGAGACAUCUGUUAAUCUCUUCUCUGUCUGCCAGGCUCCUGGCGCUUAUGAUUAUUUUUAUUAGUUUGCAGUCACAAAUCAUAAUGUCUCAUUCCACCAGGAUGACCCUGGUGAAAUGUAUAUGGCACACCUAAACAAAGACAUGCAUUUGUUCUUUAUCUCCAUCCCAGGGACUAUCAUGAAAUCCAGGCAAGCCACUGGUACCUUGACACCUUCAGCAACAAUUGGGGAUUCAUUCACUGUGUAGGUGCCCAUGGACCUCCUUAGGAUAAAGACUUUCCCACACCAGAGGAGAGAAGAAUGAUGGGAAACACAGUCCAGAACUCACCUCCUGAGCAUUAACCAAAAUUAAGGGUGUGCAAGUUAGUGCUAAUGUUAGCUCACAUAUUUACAUUAUACAAUAUAGCUUCCAAAGUGCUUUCCCUCCCUGUGGGGGAGGUAAGCCAUGAAGAUACUAGUACUCCCUAGUAUACAGAUAAAGACACCAAGGCAGAGAGACUCUCGUCUCUGACUCUUUCUACUAGGUAAAGUUCUAUUGGGUAGGUUCUAAUAGAGUACAAAAGAUAAAUUGAAUACAAGAUUACUUACUGAAAGGCAGUUGGAAAAUAAUUUUUUAGGACUCAAAGUAUCAAAUUGUUUCAAGAGAAAUGCUACAUAAUUUUUUUUCAAAAAAAAUUUACCAUAAGGGACAUGAUUCCAAAUUUUAAGUAUAGCAACAAUAAACUAUUAUGUUACUCUGGACAUGUGGACAACAGGAACACGUGCUAAAUUUGUGUCAACUUGCAAUCUGUUCACAAAAGCAAACAGACCUAAGAACUUCAUUCAAUAAAAUAGGACAUGUUUAUUCAUAAGUUAUUAAAGAAAAAUCUAAUUAGGAGUAUUGAAUGAAUUGAGAUGACUUAAGAAAAUCUCCCUUUGCAUCAUUUUUAACCUCUAGAUAAUUGGUUUGUCUGUUACAUCCAUUCCCUAAUCUUGGUGGCUGCAGGUAUGAAUCAUGAGCUGCCCCUGAUGGUGAUUUGCAUAUUUGUCUAAUUAUAAUAUUUACUAAUACUGUGUAUGUGUUAUCCAACCUAAAAGACUCAUUUGAAUAGAGUAAAUCUUUGGUUUUUGUUCCACUGGCGUCAUUUAAAACAAAAUGGAGAAGAAAAAAGCCCACCAUUCAAAAAAGCUCUGAGUUCAGAAUAAAAUGUUUUCCAUAAAGAGGCAUGAGAAGAAGCUACUGUUGUGUUAGUGUUAAAAUAUUCUGUCUUCUUUGACAAAAACGUGUCCUGUGUAAGCAUUGCAAAAAAAAAAAUAAAAAAAAAAAACCUGCUCUAUGGCAUUUGAAUUUUUACAAAAGUUUACUUGUGCCAAAUCUGUGUGAAGAUUUAAUUUUGCCAUUCAGAAAAAUCAUAAAAAACAUAUGUUCUAUCAAAAUGGAGGAUUAUUUUGUCAUCAAGUGAUUUCAAUCUUUAGUGUUAAUAUUUAUAUUUAGAUUAAUUUUUAUAAAUGAAAUAUUUUAAUGGUUUAAGAAAAUUAAGAUGCUUUAAUGAUUUCUUUAAUGAAGUCUGAGUACAAGUUAAGCUUGCCUUCAUGUUAUCUGCAUCUUUGCCAAGAAUUACUGUCAGGAGAAGUGAUAACAGAGUAAAAGUCAUUUAUGAAAAAUAA